GAAAUAAAACGGAACACGGUCGAAAUCAUGAAGUACGUAAGGUCAAUUUAUAUUGUUUACAUUAUUGUAAAUUGGUGACAGCGAGAAGUGGUGUUAUUAGUUAAAUGGGGACAUCUUGGAUCCAGAGACUGUCAAAGGAGACAUUGCAGACGCUACUUACUGAUCUGGGAGUUGGUGACUUCGACCAGGAGACAUUUACGCUGGAGGAACUGAGGCGGUUGGUUCUCUUCGGAGAGCUGAGAAGGAAGCUCUUACCAUCGGCUACGUCACUCUGCCGUCCUGCUGCCUGUCACCACGUCAACACAGAACGUCACUGCCUGACAUCACAAUUACCUGCAGAUUGUAGUCAGCCUCAGAAAGAAGUUACUCGCUGAGCGACUAAAUUGUGAAAAACCACUCAGCUAAUUUACGAAUUUUGGAUGGUACUUCAAUAUUUAGAAGUGGAUCAACAUAGCCAAAAACAUGUUUACUAUCUGGAAGUGUGUUCAUUGUUUGAAUCUUAAUGUUGUAAACAAUGAGUGUUGUGUUUAUGUACCUGAUAUAAUUAUUCACUGAUGAAAUAUCUUAUUGAAUUGUUGGUACUCAGUGGAGCAACUGUAACAGAUGGUGGUAAGUGGAGGGUGGGUCAAGAAUGUGGUCUCCUACCCUUAUAGUGGAGAUCUGACUGGCAAGAUGACUGCAAAAGCAGUACUGAUAUGUCGGCCUAAUUCACACCCAUUCCAGGAGCGCACAUUAUUAUUGGAUCAACCCGUAAAAAUUGGUCGCUCUGUAGCUCGUGCUAGAGCAGCACCAAACAAUGCAAUUUUUGAUUGCAAGGUUUUAUCACGUAACCAUGCAUUGUUAUGGUAUGAAAAUGGAAAGUUCUACUUGCAAGACACAAAAAGUAGUAAUGGCACUUUUGUCAACAAUCAGCGGCUUAGUAAAGGAGCAGAAGAGUCUCCACCUCGAGAGGUUUGUUCUGGAGAUAUUGUUCAGUUUGGAGUCGAUGUUAUGGAGAAUGCAAGAAAAGUGACACAUGGUUGUAUUGUUGCUACUUUAAAACUGUAUCUCCCUGAUGGAAAAGAAGCUAAAGCAAGUCCUUCUACGUCUGUAGUAAGUUCAGUAGGCGUUGUUCCACUUGAAGAUCUCUACCAGCUAAAUCAAUACUUGCAGGAAGCUCUUCAAAGAGAACAAUUACUAGAAAAUAAAUUAUCAACUCUACAACAUCUUGUUGAAACAACUCGACAAGCGUCAGACCUUGGGUGGAAAGCUUUGAUUGAUGAAGAUCGUUUACUGUCUAGGGUGGAAAUUUUGGAAAACCAGCUGCAGGUUUAUUCUAAGAAUUUUGCUGAAGAUAAAUUACGUGAAGAGUUACAGAAACUACAAGAAGACAAAAACCAGUAUCAGGGUACCGCCAAGGAGUCGCUAAGAAAAUUGUUACAAGAAAAACUGGAUGCAGUUCAAAAACUAAAUGAUUUGGAACGAACAUUGAACAAUACUGAAGAUGAAUGUGCACAUUUGAAGGAACUUUGUGAUAGAAGUCAACAAGAUCUUCAAGACCUUGCACAUAAAUACUGCCAGCAGGUUCAGAAAGUAGAAGAAUUAAUGUCUCAAAUUCAGGAAACAGAGGAUCAACAUCGAGAAACAUGUGAGCAUUUAGAACAAGAGAAACAAGAGCUUCAGGCUAGACUUCAGAAACAGUUAGAAUCGGAACGAGCCUUACAAAUACGUUUGGAAGCCCUUCAAGCUGAUGGAGAUUUCACACAAAAACAGCUCUCAGCUCUUCAGUCGCAUCUUCACAGGCUUCAGAGUAAUGAUGAUAAUAUUGAUAAGAAGCUUGACUGUGAUACAUUGAGAGCAACAGAUUCAACGGGUACUCAAGUUGAUAUUAUACUAGAGCGUAUUGAGGAUAUCAAAGAGGAAGAGAAACUAAAUUCUCAUGAUGAAAUUGAAAACUUAUUGUGUCAGUUGAAGAUUUCUGAAGAAGAAUUAACACAAGCUCAUUCCAAGGUUAAUCAUCUUCAUGCAAAAAUUGAAGAGUUACCAUGCAGAGAUGAUCAGAGUAAAGAAAUUAUUCAACUUCAGGAGCGACUGCAGUCAUUGGAGAUGGAACUAACAAGAGUACAAGCAGAAUCUAAUGAUACAAAUAUGCAGGUUAGCAAUCAGUUGCACAGCAGUUUGAUGUCUGCUCCAAAUCAGACAAAUAAGCUUAUAGCUGAGAUUACAAAAUUAAAAGAACAUAUACUGGUGUUGGAAAGUUUUCUUGAGCAUUAUGUCUGCAUGGUGGUGAUACUAAAAGAAUUGUUGUCUGAGGCACGCAGCAGAAAGAAACAGUCAGAACAACAACUUACUCAGUUUCAGCUUGAACUUGAAUGCAUAAAGAUAAAAAUUAGAAAAGAAACUGAGAAGGCUAAUUUACUGAAGCAGCAACUUCAGGCUGCUGAAAACAAAGUACAAGAAGAAUCCAAGUGUGCUUCAAAAAUUCAAGAGGAGGUACAGUCUUUGGAAAAAAUUACUGGUGGUGAUAAACUGCAAAUUCAUCAUUUAGAAGAAAGCUUACUCGAAGAAAAACAACGAAGUGAUAAACAUGCUGAUGAGGCUGAAAAUUUACGUAAACAGUUAAUAGAAGCUCAGCAGUGUGCAAAGCAGUCUCAUAAUGAAGCAGAACAAAUUAGAGAUAGGUUACGAGAUAUGCAGCAAGAACUGGAAACAAAGCAGCGAAUGUUGUUGGAAAUCAGUCAUAGUACUGAUAACAGAACAUUACUAAAUUUGGAAGAACUACAAAAGAAUUGUGAAUCUUUGCAGCAGGAAAAUGAAAGGUUGAAACUAGAAUAUAAGGAUAUAAAAGAAGAAAAUGAACUUUUAUCUAAAGCAAGUUGUUACAUUGAUGCUCUCAAAGAACAGUUGGGCGAGAAGCUAGAUAAAAGUUUUGUUAAUUUGCUAGAGCAACAAUCAACUGUACAUACAGAAACACUUCAAAUGGUAAAAGCGUUAGAAGAAGAACUGGUAAUUCUUAAAGAAAGAUAUGCCCAGUGUAAUGCAGAAAGGUUUAAACUGUUUCAUGAUCUUGAUUGUUUACACAAGGAUUUUGUUGCCAUUAAGAAUCAGUCAAAUAGUGUGGUGUGGUGCAUUGGAUUAUCCUUGGUAAUAAUUUUCCUUGGAACUGUUGUAAUAUUUUACCCAACUUUGGCAGUUAUUACUGGCACUUUUGGGUCCCCACCAAAGAAUUAGUGACUUCAAAAUAAAGUAACAAGUUAGUUAUAGUUGUGAUUGUUAUAAUUAAUGUUCUUAUAGGCUUAUUAUUAACAACUUAUAUUUUUUGCGUUCGUAGCAUUCUUGUUUAUGUUAAUUAUUUUUAGUGAAUACCCUGUUUCCAAUUUUAAAAAUGUAAAAAAUAUUCAUCUAAUUAAUUAUUGAAUAGUGAAAUAUAUUAUUUUGUAUUAAUUUAACAUUAUAAAUUGUCCAGUUUAUGUAUUUUGUGAUGUAUUAUAUGCUAUACUUUGGUUAAAUUUACUAUCCUAUUAUUUUAUGUACUUGUUAUAAUAUGCACAAAAGUUUUACAAUAUAUACUGUUUGGAAAAAAAAAGGAAAAACUUGUGUCAGUCAUUUAAAAACAUCUUGUACAGUUUGUUUAUAUAUGUGCACUUGUAAAUGUGUUCAUAUGAAUAUAUAGGUCUACACUUUGUAAGUAAAUGGUAUAUAGCUCAUGUGUGAAUGAAAUUAAUAUUUUAACAAUUAAUAUACCUUUUUAUAUCACUCUCUUAUGAAACUAUAUGUUUCUAAAAUUGAAAUCUGUAAGUGCUAAUUUAUUGCACAUUUUGCAUAAACCUAUUGACAUUUCAGUUUAAUAUAUUUUCUGUACUUUAACAGAAGUGUCAAAGUAGACAUAGAAAUGGCUGUUAAGUAAUUGUUAUUUGUUAUUUAAUUUAAUAAGUUGUUUACCGUAACGUGUUCUAAAUAUCCUGUGUCCGAAACCUGUGAAAUAAAAUUUCUAAGACAUUAUUCAAUAAUACAAAAUGAUAAAAAUGGCAUUUUAAUAGCAUUUGUAAGUACAGUUCCAAUAAUAAAAAUAAGAUGACUCUGUAAUAGUACUAUCCUAUGUUUAU